UCUUAUCGCCGUCGUUUUCACCACUGGCCACGUUGAUAGACAUGUAUUCUCCUUCUUACGACUGGAGAUUUUUGCUGUCGUAUAUGCUUCUGUCUUCCGGUCUUCGUCUAUUCCACGACAGCCAUGGGAAGGUUUUUUUGCCAGCGGAGAUUCUCAAUCUCAUCCACUGACUCGCCGAUGCUGACUGAGACAGAUGAAGAGGUUUUUCUUUGAAACUAUGGAAUUUACGCAUAUUCACUUCGAUUAGGAUUUCAAACUUUCAUUUUGUUUCUUGGGUUAUAAAAAAGUCAACCUUAUAGAACUGGCUAUCUCAUGCGCGAAUCCUUCUUCUUCAAAACGACCAUCCAUGUCUAAGGUAAUUCAAGAACUAAAAGAGUGUAUUGUAUGUGAAAACAAUCGAGGCUUGGAAUCAAAAGACAUGAACAACAUUGCCUUGGACACUUCCGUGGUUCCCAGGGCAAGAUAGUUUUGAGUGUAUGUCUCUCUACUUAUGGUACUAAUAUUAAGUAAUCAAUAAUUAUUUACAAUUUAAGCAAACUUUGUAAUAUGUGUCUCUCUCUUUUGAGUUUUGAGUAUAUUGUCACGCCGUUAAGAGAUUCAUGAAUUGAUGACUCUGAUUAAACUCUUUUGGCCGUACAAAACCCCUAACUUCACUAUUUGUGAAUGUCGUUUACCGAACGCGAGUGUAGUAACACUUCAAUCGCCGCAUUGCGUUCCCAAAACAAGUACUUUCGCCGAUGAUGACUUCUCACCGCCGGGAACUGCUGAAGGCGAACUGCUCUUCUCUUUCCAUCGACGGGAGGUUUCACCGCCGUAGAUGGUCGAUUUAUUACCGGAAAUUUCUGUCGGAUUCGCCCGCUGCGGACUGGGGUCAUUUUAAAACAGGUGGGUAAGCGAAAUAUGGAGACGUCUCUUGGGAUUUUGUUGCCGCUUAUCGGAACUUUGGCCAUACUUCAUAUUGUUCAAGCUCAGAGCCAACAAGGGUUCAUCAAUUUGGAUUGCGGGCUACCGGCAAAUGAACCGUCUCCUUAUAGAGAGGAGUCAACUGGGUUACAGUUCUCUUCGGACGCAACAUUCAUCAAGAGUGGAAAAACUGGUAUGAUCCAAGCAAAUUGGAUGGAUGACUUCUUGAAGCCAUCCACGACGCUGAGAUAUUUUCCAGAAGGAAGACGGAACUGCUACAAUCUAAAAGUUGAGAAAGGAAGAAAUCAUCUGAUCAGGGCUAGGUUUGUAUAUGGAAACUAUGAUGGUCUUGACACUGGCCCGAAGUUUGAUAUGUAUAUUGGACCUAACCGAUGGAUCACUAUAGACUUGGAAAGGCGAGUGAAUGGUACACGAGAGGAGAUCUUACACAUACCAACAUUAAACUCUUUGCAGAUUUGUCUUGUUAAGACUGGGAUGACUACACCCCUGAUAUCAGCCUUGGAAAUACGGCCGAUGGCAAAUGAUUCUUAUAGCACCAAGUCUGGCUCUCUGGAACUUUUCUCUCGACGAUAUAUUAGCAAUUCAAGUUCUUCUCUAAGGUUCCCGGACGAUGUAUAUGAUCGCCAAUGGAGUUCGUAUAUUCGUAGCGCCUGGACCCCAAUUUCCACCACUAGCGUUGUGAGCAAUUCUAACAGCUAUGAGCCACCUAAAGUUGCUCUCACUACUGCUGCCGUGCCUACUAAUGUCAGUGCGCCAUUGACGAUUGAAUGGACUGCAGAAAAUCCUGAUGACCAAUUUUACUUGUACGAACACUUUGCUGAGAUCCAAGACUUACAGGCUAAUGAUACCAGAGAAUUUAACAUCUUAUUGAAUGAAAAACUAUUAUAUGGCCCUCUAAUUCCUUCGAAGUUAGUGCUUACUACUAUCUUUAGCCGGUCACCGAUAAUUUGCGAUGGAGGGGAAUGCAGUUUGCAGCUGAUAAGAACCAACAGAUCAACUCUUCCACCUCUAAUUAACGCUUUUGAGGUCUACAGAGUUAUCCAGCUUCCACAGUCUGCAACAAUUGAAGAAGAUGUCGCUGCUGUCAAAACCAUUGAAGCUACCUAUGGAUUGAGUAGAAUAAACUGGCAAGGAGAUCCAUGCAUACCACAACAGCUUAUGUGGGACGGUUUAAACUGCAGCAUCACGGAUAACUCCAUGCCACCAAGGAUCACUACUUUAAACUUGUCUUCAAGUGGUUUAACUGGAACCAUAGCAGCUGCCAUUCAAAAUCUCACGCAACUAGAAAAACUGGACUUGUCGCAUAAUAACUUGACCGGAGAGGUGCCUGAAUUUCUAGGCAACAUAAAAUCGUUGUUAGUCAUAAUUUUAAGUGGGAAUGAUCUCAACGGUACAAUUCCUCAAUCGCUACAAAGGAAAGGAGUCCAGCUAUCUUAUGAAGGAAACACAAGGCUAAUUCCCCCUGGAUCACCUACAAAACCACAAAAAACAAAAGUUCUUGUGCCAAUUGUUGCAUCAGUUGCUUCUGCGGCCAUCCUCAUUGUUGUGUUGGUUAUUUUUCUUGUUUUCAGAAAGAAAAAGCCGCCCACUGUUCAAGUUGUUCACCCGCCUUCGAGUAGGCCAGCAAUGAAUGUUACAUAUGCGUAUUCACCUGAGCCUUCAAUCGAAAUGAAAAAGAGAAGGUUUACUUAUUCCGAGGUUAUAAAAAUGACGAAUAAUUUCCAAAGAGUUGUAGGGGAAGGAGGAUUUGGUGUUGUUUGUCACGGUACUGUAAAUGUUUCUGAACAGGUAGCUGUUAAACUAUUGUCUCAAUCAUCAACUCAAGGCUAUAAAGAGUUCAAGGCAGAGGUUGAUCUUCUUUUGAGAGUUCACCAUACAAAUUUGGUAAGCCUUGUUGGAUAUUGCGAUGAAGGAGACCACUUAGCACUCAUCUACGAAUUUGUACCCAAUGGAGACUUAAGACAACAUCUGUCAGGAAAAGGAGGUAAAUCCAUCGUCAGUUGGGGUACUCGGCUAAGAAUAGCUGCGGAGGCAGCACAAGGUUUGGAGUACUUACACAUUGGAUGCACACCGCCAAUGGUUCAUAGGGAUGUAAAAACUACAAACAUACUAUUGGACCAGCAUUAUAAGGCCAAACUCGCAGAUUUUGGGCUCUCAAGGUCUUUCCCAGUUGGAGGUGAAUCCCAUGUUUCGACGGUGAUUGCUGGUACUCCUGGUUACCUUGAUCCAGAAUAUUACCACACAAGCCGGCUGGGUGAGAAAAGUGAUGUGUACAGUUUUGGGAUUGUGCUAUUGGAAAUGAUCACAAACCAACCAGUGAUUGAUCGAAACCGCGGAAAGUCUCACAUAACACAAUGGGUUGGGUCUGAGCUGAACGGAGGAGAUAUUGCUAAGAUCAUGGAUCCAAAGCUGAACGGGGAUUAUGAUUCUCGCUCUGCCUGGAGAGCUCUUGAGCUGGCAAUGUCAUGCGCGGAUCCUACUUCAGCAAAGCGACCAACCAUGUCUCAUGUUGUUGUCGAACUAAAAGAGUGUCUUGUGUCUGAAAACUCCAAGAGAAAUAUGAGUCGAGGCAUGGAUUCACUAAGUUCCCCUGAAGUGAGCAUGAUCUUUGAUAGUGGGAUGAUUCCUAGAGCAAGAUAGUUUGUGAUGCAAAGUAACACAGUUGGAAUGAAACCACUCAACGAACGAACUUGUGGCUUUGACCUGUCGUGUGCUCUGUUUGUAAUUUUUUUUGUUAUUAUGGUUUUAAACCCUCAUGUAAAAAGUAAAAUAAUCAAUGUCUCGAUUGAAGA